AUGUUGGAUAAAGAUAUGGUAGAAGUGCAAAAUCAGCUGCGACAAAAGCAGCCGGGGGUUACACAAGCAACCUACCAGACGUCCUUGGAUAACAUCCAGAAAUGCAAGGACAAGUACACAGAGCUCCCGCUGGAGCCGGUAAAGCUCGAAGGUACAGAGAAGGACCCUUUCAUCGCAGCGCGGGUCCAAGACACGACCUUCUUGGAGGACCUGGACGACGAGGAGCAGGCAAUCCUCGACACAAAGGCCCUCGGGAUUGAUCAAAUUCCUGAUUUCUCAGGCGAACCGGGCUCCAAGGUCGCAGUUGAGACGUUUGUGCGUGAAGUAGAAAACCACAAACAAAUGCGCAAAUGGAGUGAUCGGCAGGCAGCAAAGGUCGCCGCCGCGAAAAUGAAAACCGGCGAAGCCGCCGACUUCAAGAUGAUGCUUGAAGACGACGAGGACCAGGACAUCAAUUCCUGGUCGAGAUUGAAAUUGCGCAUACUUACUCGUUUUCAGCCUGCUUCAACAUAUGCAAAGAAAGCUGAGAUCUUGAAAAAUGUGCAGCAAGGUCCACUUUCCGUGCAAGCCUACUGGGGGCGAUGCAAUUACGCAUUCCAGCAGGUUUACAACGUCCUUGCCACACAAAAGGACAAGGAUGGGAACAUCAAGUGGAAAGAUGUAAGGGACUACACAAGGACCUUGAUGUUCCUCAUCGGGCUGAAUCCAGACAUCAGCACCAAAGUGGUCCUGGCGAACGCCAAAACGCCAUCUGAAGUCGUCGACGCGGCCAUCCGGGUGGAGACGUCAUUUCUCCAACACGAGGCCGCGACGGGCAAACCAAUUGGUGCGAAUUCAGUCGCCGCUGUUGCGUCGACGACCACGCAAAACGCAACAGAGACAAAGGAGACGCCGCAGGUUAAUGCGGUCGCUGCCUACCACGGCAACCCACCGAGGGGUGGAUCCCGAGGCCGUGGGGGCAACAGAGGUUCCCGACGUGGAGGACGCGGCGGACGAGGUGGCGCCUACAGGCAGGCUCCGCCAACCACACCGUGCACGUUCUGCCAAAAAAUGGGACAUUGGGAGAGAGACUGCUUUGCUAAGCAACGCAUGAAGCAGGUGUACAGCCAACAGCAACAGCAACGCUCUUCCCAACCCCCAGGACAACCUCCGCACGUGCGGAACAUCAACGCGGUAUUUGAGACGUUGCCGCAACUGAUGGGACCGCCGGGCAACGACACGAGGUUGCCACAAGACCCUCCACCGGGGUAUUACAAUUCGCCGAUGCCAACAACACCUUCUACCCAGCCUACAGGGGAACUCCGCGGCGAGGAGUUUACUAAUCAAUCUACAACAUGGAAUUAA